AUGUUAAAUCAUACGAAGGGGCUAAUAUCACCAUUUCAAAAUUUGUCUCCGCAAGGACGACUAUUGCAAAUAUUCCGAAUCCUUAUGGGUUGUGCUGUUAUUGCUUUAACUAUUACAGCCGUGGUCGGCCCACUAUUCAUACAUCAGUUAUAUGCGGCUAGAAUCAAUUGUGCUCAUUUGGAUGUUUCCUACGGUCUUUAUAAAUCAUUGAGGAACUCCGUUUCAUUGAAUCCAUCUGUACUUGACGAGCUGGAGACUAGCCAGCUUCCUGUCGAUUCCUCCCUAACCAACUCAGAAAUAGCUAUUUUAACUGAGUACGCAGAAUCGCAAGUUGCUGAUGCACCUCAGUAUAUCUUAAGUUCUUUAUGGAGCUGGUGCUACGGCAAUUAUAACACAACCCUGUAUUACGAUAAAUAUGGUGUCCUCAAGUAUAAAAAGCAUGAUGAUGUUCUCGUAUGUCAAAGAACAAAUAGCCGUUACGUUUUCGAUUAUAGAAAGGAUUUACAGGAUAUUGGUUUAGAAAGCAUUUUAGCAUAUGCCUUCCAAUCAUCAGAUGUAGAGGAUAAAAAAUAUGACAAGAAGGUCGCUGCAAGGAGAAACAAGGUUAAGUUAGCUCCUUCUGCUCUUAUAUUUUGUGCCUCGUCACAAACUGCUAUUCUAAUCUUGACAUAUUUUUUGUACUUGAAAAGAGGCGACUCAAGGGAUUUAAGCGGUGCAUCAAAGAUCUUUCUUAAUGUUGUAUCUUUGCUUUCCAUUGCUUCCUUUAUCAGCAUAGCGAUUGUGUGCGGAAUUAUGACUAGAAUAUUAAUCCAGGUGAGAAGGGAAGUGAGCAAAAAUUUGACCGAUUUCGGUGUUUCUUUACAUUUAGGUGAGAUAUGGUUUUCCUUGAUAUGGUCGGCUUUUAUUUUUUCUAUGUUGUCUAUGGCUUCUUGGGCAUUGCCUCUUUGGUUUGCCAAUCCCCCUGAUGAUGUGUAUGAGGAAGAUAUGGAAAGUUUUCAUGGCAUGAGGAAUAGAGGUCGUCAAGGAACAUUGCAUUCUACGUCUCUGCAGAAAGUCCACGAGCUACGGAAGUGGAGCAGCUCAAGCGAUGAGAACCAAUCUGAACACAUUCUCGAUGAAGAAAGCAUACUGUACAGCACAAAAAAUCAGUCAGAUGAGGAUGAUUUAUACGGGUUGCCAAGGUCCUCUCUUCUGGAAAGUGAAGUUGCCUUGAGAAGAUUAGGUGAGUCCUUUUCCAGAAAAUCUUCUGUCCGUCAUAUCGGACCAAGAAAAUCGAAACUGGGCACUAAGAUUAAUAAUCCGAUUUCUGAAGAAGAGACAAUGAAUUUAUUAUAUGACGAUUCGGAAAACACAUUUCCUCGGUAUCCGGGACCUCAGCAUUAUAAGGAAGAAACAUACGAUGGGUAUGCAGAUUCCACCAAUAACGAUAUAGGAAGAGGAGCUAGAAGGAUACAGAAAGUAAAUGGAAGUAAUCCAUUCGACUCCGCCACAAGAUUGAAUUAA